AUGGAUCUUAACCUAGCGUAUUGGAUCCAGGACCUAUGCUACCAAGCUAAGGCCAAGCAACUACUAAAUAGUAGCGAGCCUACUAACUGGAAACAGGUACUUAAGUUAGACAACAAAGACCAGUGGAUAAGUGCUAUAUUCUCGGAAUUCCAGCAGCUUAUCCAGGCAGGGGUAUUCUAUUUUAUCCCCCUUCAAGAAAUACCAACUGGCAGACGACUUCUAAAAAGCCGACUUGUACUACGAGUCAAAAAGGAUCAGCAGAACAACCCUAUUAAAUUCAAGGCACGACUAGUAGCUAAGGGAUUUAUGCAAAUUGAAGGCCUCGAUUACCUAGAGACUUUUGCAACUACUAGUAUUCCACCUACCUGGAGGAUACUACUAGCCCUAGCUGCCCAGAACAACUGGUACGUCGAACAGAUUGACUUUAUUGGUGCUUUCCUAAAUAGUGAGCUACCUGAAGUCAAUUAUCUUGAAAUCCCUGAGGGACUGGAAGCAUUUAUUAGUCUUAAUAAGACUAAUAAUUUAGCUAAGCUACUAGCUAAGCUAGGCUACAAUCCGGCAGUCAAACAAGGCAUCCUUUUGAAAAAGGCACUCUACGGCCUAAAACAAGGACCUAGAGAAUGGCAGGAGGCACUUGCCAAACUGCUACAACAAUACGGAUACAGCCCUCUUGUAUCUGAUCCGGCUAUCUACUAUAAUAGUACUACUAGUACUUACAUAGUUAGCCAUGUCGACGACUGCCUACUUAUUGGACCAAACCUUACAUACAUUAACAAGUUAAAGCAACAACUACAUAAGGUUUACCCAAUCGAAGACCGCGGACAGGCCGCCUUCUUCCUAGGCGUACAAAUCAGUCGAACAACUAAGGGUAUUACCCUUAGCCAAAAAGGGUAUAUUGAGGAAGCCCUAUCCCGAUUUGGGUUAAAGGAGGCCAAGGCAGUAGCAAUACCACUACAGCCAGGAGUACUCAAGCAGGCUACUGCAACGCCUCUUACUCCCUUGUCCGCAACCGACCAACUGGUAUACCAACAGAUAGUAGGGACUCUAAUGUACCUUAUGCUACUGACCCGACCAGAUAUAGCCUUUGCAAUCCAAUGGCUAUCUCGGUAUAUGCAUCAGGCUACUAGUCUGCAGCUAUCAGCCGGCAAGAACCUUCUUCGAUAUCUAAAAGGAACUACAGACCUAGCUAUAUGCUAUUGGUCUAAGUCAACAACACCCAAUCUAUCAGGAUAUUCCGAUAGCGACUUUGCAGGUGACUUGGAUUCUUCUAAGUCUACCUAUGGGUACCUCUUUACCCUAGCAGGCGGACCAAUCUGCUGGAAAUCAAAAAGGGCUAGUACUAUUGCUCUUUCUACUGUAGAGGCAGAAUCGGAUGCCCUACUGGAAGCGAUUCGGGAACUUAAAUGGCUAGACGGUCUAUUUACAGAAAUCGACAAAGGCCUUAAAAAACCUAUCCCACUUCUGUGCGAUAACAACGGAUCUAUCUCUAACGCCAACAAUCCCAAUCAGCAUAACCGAACAAAGCAUACACUGCUAAAGUUCCGGUAUAUUCGGCAAGAAGCAACCAAUGGGCUAGCCAAAAUCAGUUACCUGAACACUAAGUCUAUGCCUGCCGAUGGUCUUACUAAGGCCCUUACUGCUGAUCUCUUCCAACGCUACCUUGGCCUACUAGGUCUCCAAGGGAUCCCUAUUUAG